AUGAAUAACGGUUACACCACACCACAACACCCAGUGAUACCUGGACCCGGCAACGCAAUGCCAGACGGCGCUCGCGGUGACACCAAUGAGUUCAACUGGCCUGAUGCGUCAUACGAUGUGCGCGGCUCGUGCGGCGGCCACUGCGUCAGCACAGUGGCACACGAACCGGGCUGCCAGAACCAAGUCAACUACAACAAUACCGACGACGAGGACAGUUCCUUCCUAAACGUGGAUGUCACAAACCACUGGGGCGCCGUCUCGCCGUCGGGUUGGGGGAGUCCCGUCGGCGCUGCCAACACUGCAAUGGACGUGUCGUUGGGCAACAAUGCAAAUAUGUACCCGGGACCAAACUCUGGGAACCAUGGUCCAUCCUUUGGCCAGUACGGGGCGGGCUACUGCUCGAACGGAAAUAUCCGCAACCCCACGGUAUCUGGCGGCUGGCGUUCUCCGAGCGGCUACCACGAAUGGCUCAAUACGACGGGCAACUACGGAGCAGGUCACCAGCCACCCUUCGUGCCGCACAAUGGCCGCUCCAUCACUGGGCUUCCCCUAUUCCACUACUGCCAGGGCCAGUGA